CGGCUGCUCCGCCUGAGCGAAGGGGGGGGGGGGGUUGGGGUAGCCACGGCAGCCGGCGGAGAAGCUAAAGGGAGAGGCGCGCGCGCUUGCGCCGACAGCCCGCCGCGGGGCCGCUCCAUGAGGGCUCGCGCUGGGGUUGCCGAGCCUCCGGCUCCUUGCUGUCGUGCGCCCGCCGUUCCCCCCUCUCAGCCCCCUGGGGGCGGCGGCGGCUUGUUCUAGCUCUCUUCGCCGAUGCCAUGCUCGGGCAGGAGAUCGCCUCGUCUUACCAGGAGCUGAGUGAGGAAGUGGAGCAUUUAGCUGAGCAUCCAGAGCUGGUGGAGGAGGGGGAAGUGGACGACGAUCAGGAGGAUACCAGCUCAGCUAUUUUACCAGUCCUAGAUAGUGAAUCAGCUACCAGUAGCCCUUCUGUGCGUUUCAACAAGACCUGCCUGAAGAAUGUCUUUUCAGUAAUUCUCCUCUUCAUUUAUCUGCUGCUCAUGGCUGUAGCUGUGUUCCUUGUCUACCAAACUAUCACUGACUUCAGGGAAAAGCUCAAACACCCGGUGAUGUCUGUCUCUUACAAGGAGGUGCCCUUGUAUGAUGCUCCUGGUAUUGCACUUUACCCAGGCAAGGCUCAGCUGCUUAGCUGCAAGCAUCAUUACUAUGAUCACAUUCCGCCUCUGAUAAACCCAGGUCAGCCAGGAGAAAUUGAGUGCACCACUCAGAGAAUCAACUACACAGAUCCUUUUACUAAUCAAACCAUGAAACAUGCUUUGAUUGUCCAAGGACCUCGAGAUGUGAAGAAAAGGGAACUGGUGUUUUUGCAGUUCCAUUUAAAUGAAACGGACCAGGAUUUCAGUGCAAUAAACUAUCUUCUGUUCUCUUCUUUCCAGGAGUUCCUCAACAGUCCAGAUAAAGGAGAAUUCAUGAAAGAUUGCGAAAGCUCAUACUCCAGCUGGAAGUUCUCUGGUGGUUUUCGAACCUGGGUCAAAAUGUCCUUGGUGAAAACAAAAGAAGAUGGGAGUGAGACUGUGGAGUUCAAACAGGAGAAGGCAAGGAGUGCUUGGAAGGUGAGGUUUGUGGAUGGAGGAGUUAAUUCCAGUUUCAGACUGGCCUCUGAGAAAGUUCUGUCUCUUGCACAGACUAGUGUGGUUAACUACAUUGACCAGAGGCAUAAGCCGGCAAGUGACCAGUUGUUUUUUGUGGUAUUUGAAUGGAAAGAUCCUUUUAUACAGAAAGUUCAAGAUAUUGUCACUGCCAAUCCUUGGAACAUGAUUGCUCUACUGUGUGGUAUUUUCUUGGCUCUGUUUAAAGCAGCAGACUUUGCCAAACUAAGUGUUAAGUGGAUGAUCAAAAUCCGCAAGAGACACCUGAAAAGGAGAAGACAAGCAAUGAACCACAUAAGCUGAGGACUAAAACAUUUUUAGUACACUGGAUAAAAUUUCAACCAACAAUGCAGCGGUUACAUAAACUAAAAAGAGUUGUGCAUUUAAGGAGAACUACUUACCUUUGCUGGAGUGACAGCAUAAAUGAACAGACAUGAACCUUAGUAGGCUUGUUCUACAGAGUUAGCCUCUUAAACACAUCUUUUUAAAAAUGCAAGUUAUGAACUUCUUUACCAAUGUAUGGGGGUGGAGUGGAAUUCAUAAAGUAAUUUUCAAAAUGUCAGCAAUUUAGACCAGAAUAGAGACAUAUUUAGUUUGUGUCUAGACAGUAAUUUUUAUGCUUUUCUCCAUGAGCUAAAUGGACUGCCCUGGCUCCCAUAAGAGUGCCCCAAAUCAGUAAAAUGAUUUGUCAUCCUCAGUCUGAUCUUCACAGGCAUAGUAACUAUCUAUGAACAGUAAGGAGCAAAGCACUUGCGAGAUCAAUGUAAAAAUGGGUCAAAAGAUUUAAUAUCUUAAAUCUCCAACAUAUUACAGACAAUACCUGGGAUUUUUAUCAAACAUUUCACAUUUGGUUAAAAUGCACUGACUGUAUUAAAACUACUUAUGAGUAAGCCAUAUGAAAUGUCUCAUGGAUCACUGCCAGUUACUACUACUUAAACAAAGCUUCUUGCCUUAA